AUCUUAUCCAAACUGUUUUAUAGAUUAAACAACGUGCGUGAGUGACGGAAAAUGGCGAAGUGCGAGGAUCGGAUCGAAGAGGCCAUCUCUGAUAUGGAACUUGGCGGACGCACCACCGGUUCUGGAGCGCCGCCGCCGUCAUCCCAGAAUGAUCGUCCUUACGCCACCGCCGGCGCAGCUGUAUUCUCACCCACUUCCGCUGUAACCAUAAUUCAAAAGAUGAUAGCGGAGGCGGUGGGGGUUUACUUCAUCAUAUUUGCGGGGUGCGGAUCGGUGGUGGUGAACAAGCUAUACGACGGCAAGGUGACGUUUCCGGGGACCUGCCUGACGUGGGGGUUGAUCGUCAUGGUUAUGAUUUACACUUUGGGUCAUGUUUCCGGCGGCCAUUUCAACUGCGCCGUCACUCUCACCAACGCCGUCUUCCGCCGCUUCUCUUGGAAACUCGUUCCUUUGUAUAUCAUAGCGCAAUUAGCAGGUUCCAUUCUUGGUAGCGGCACAUUAGCCUUGAUGUUCGAAGUAACUCCGGAAGCUUAUUUUGGUACUCUUCCGGCGGGUUCCAAUUGGCAGUCGUUUGCUAUAGAGAUUGUCAUUUCAUUCCUUCUCAUGUUUGUCAUUUCCGGCACUUCAACCGAUGAUAGGGCAACAACAACGGUGGGACCUUUGGGUGGAGUUGUAACCGGGAUGACCAUAGCUUUAAAUGUUUUUGUUGCUGGGCCCGUUUCUGGUGCAUCGAUGAACCCAGCAAGAAGCAUUGGGCCGGCGGUUGUGAAGCGUACAUAUAGAGGUUUGUGGGUAUAUAUUUUUGGGCCAGUAAUCGGAACCAUCGCCGGAGCAUUUGUGUACAACGUGCUUAAAGUCACUCAAAACCCAAUUGACAAUUCAUCCAAAAGUAGAUCAUUCUUUAAACAACUUAGUACUUAAUUCAUAAUUAUAUACGAAGUAUUCGCUAGAUAGUUUCGUAUAUAAAUUUUAAUUAAAGAGAAGAAACUGGAUUUAGUGGGUAAUGUGCUAUGGACGGGAAUAAUAUAUUUUUUUUGUGAAUUUUGUCCUUACAAGCUUUUAUACAUAUCCAUUUUGUCAACCGCC